AAGAAAGAAAAGAAGAAAUGAGAUUAAAAAAAGAAAUGCGUGAACGCAGACGAGCAUACGACGAGCAGAUAUCUAGUGCGAAUAGAGAGCGACGGGAAACAUUGCAGAAAGAAAGAGAACAAGAAAACAGAAGAUUAGAUAAGUUAAAGCAGAAAAUGGAAGAGGAUUACUACAAUGCGAUAAAACAAAAGAAAGAACAGCAAAUGACAAACAGAUUGAAUUUUAUAAAUGGACACGAGUUAAAAGUGUUACGAUUAAAAAAUCAGAAAAACAACGAGAGAGUGAUUGACCUAAAUAAUAUAAGAAUAGCAGAAGAAGAGUUAAGAAAAGAAAAGGAAAACAAAAUUAAACAGAUAAGAAAUUUGCAACAACAAAGUUCAAUUUUCGUCGAUUAUUAUAAUCGAGAAAGAAACAUGGCGUCUGAAUUAGAACAACAAGCGGAUAAAAUUAUAAACGACAUAAAAACAAUCGAGGACAAAAGAUAUGAAGAUCGGAAGCAGCAGGAAGACGAAAGAAAAAAACAUAAGAAAGAAAUAGCUCUUCAGGAAUACAGGUUACAUUUGGAAAACGUAAAUAAACAAAAUAUCGAAGCGAAACUGCAAAGGUCACAACAAAUGCAGAAUGUUAAGAGAACAGCGUAUUCCGAAUUAGAGAAGCAAUUAAACAGCGCUAACGAAGAGUUAAAAAAGCAAUUAGAAUAUAGACAUGGCCUGACAGAACAAAUAAGACACAAUCAUAUUGUUAUGGAAACUGAAAUAAAAAAUAUCGAAGAUAAACAACAUCCAUUUACAAAGAAACCCAUUACGUUCAGAGACGCUAUGAAGGACAGAGUAAAUGUUUCGAAGAUAGACAGCACUAAUCCAGUUCAUCCAUUUAGGAAAGUUAUACAAAAGCAUCAUAAAUACAGCCAGCCACUGCCACAAAUAAGCUAAAAGUUAAUUAAUUAUA